AUGGGCAGUGAAAGGACUCCUUUGGUACUGGGGGCGGUUGGAGGAUGUUUUAUUCUUUCCAUUAUUGGUGGCACUUUGUUGGCAUACAGUUUUAGUUACGUGGAAUAUUUUGAGUUUGGAUUCAAAAGACAAAAAUCAACUGGUAGAGUUGACAAAUCAGAAGUCUACACUGCGGGAAGGUAUUUUUACGGACCAGACAUGGAGUUCAAGGUUUUCCCGCUUGACGCUCAUUACGUCACAUUGGAAAAUGCCAAAAUAUUUACGGCAGAUAAACUGGAGGUUGGCAUCACAGUUCACUUUCAGUAUUUUCUCCGAAGGGAUGAACUAGUUUUGCUUCAUGACACCUUUGACAUGGAUUACAAAGAUGUAAUUCAGAACAGUGCUCUUGACGCUAUGAAGGGAUCCACGACUGAGUAUACUACAAGAGAACUGGUAUCCGACAGAAAGCUGCUGGAGGAGACAAUCUACAAGGCUGUCAGAGAACGACUGGGUGGCAUCUGUUGUAGGCCGAACUGUACUUCUUUCCAAUAUGCCUGUUCUCAAAAUUGCAAACCAAGAACAACGUGCACCGUCAAAGAAAAGGGAUACUUUGUGGACGUCAAGUAUUUUCAACUCGGAGGGGUUACUAUUCCAAACGUUGUUCAAGAACGCUUUAUGAGAGCACUUACGUUACAAGAGGAUUCAGAGCGGGAGCUUCUUGUGCAAGAGACCAAAGUUGUUCGCAAAGAUACAACAGCUAUGGUCCAGCAAACGAGGAACACAGCAAUGGAAAUUCGGAAUAACGGAGAAGUUGAAGCCAGACUAACAAACGCCAUAGCGCUGGCCAAUUACUCCGCCAUUUUAGAGGCCGCUCGUAGCGAGGGGCUAAAGUACGUCUUUGGUGAAUUAGGAUUUUCUCAGCAAGAACACAAGAACAGCUUUAACUACCUAAGAACAUUAAGAGAACUGUCUACAGUCCAUUUUACUGUAGAUUUUCAACAAAGAAUUGUAGGAAAUCUUUAACUACACCAACUUACAAGUAUACGUAUCGCUUUGAAUCAUAUUCGCUAUUUUUGUUUAAUCUAGUUUAGUUUUGU